CAGUAUAUGUCGAGCCUCGGCAGCCAAAGAAGUGGAAGGAAGGGGACGGAGGAGAAACCUGCGUAUCGUGCGCUCGGGGUUCCUGCUGUUGGCUUUAUCUCCGCCACCGCAAUAAAAAUAGAUCACGUCGGCACAUCACAAGCGGAAUACACAGUCAGAUGGACCAGCAGGCCCAGUCCUACAUGCUCGCCAGUCUGACGCGGCCGCACUCGGAGCAGCUGCUGCAAGGCCUCCAGCUGCUCCGGCAGGACCAUGAGCUGUGCGACAUCGUGCUGCGUGUGGGUGACUCCAAGAUCCACGCGCACAAGGUGGUCCUGGCCAGCAUCAGCCCCUACUUCAAGGCCAUGUUCACGGGCAACCUGUCAGAGAAGGAGAACUCGGAGGUGGAGUUCCAGUGCAUCGACGAGGCUGCCCUGCAGGCCAUUGUGGAGUACGCAUACACAGGCACGGUGUUCAUCUCCCAGGAGACGGUGGAGUCGUUGCUGCCAGCCGCCAACCUGCUGCAGGUCAAGCUGGUCCUGAAAGAGUGCUGCGCCUUCCUGGAGAGCCAGCUGGAUGCUGGCAACUGCAUCGGCAUUGCGCGCUUCGCCGAGACCUACGGCUGCCAUGACCUCUGCCUGGCCGCCACCAAGUUCAUCUGCCAGAACUUUGAGGAGGUGUGCCAGACGGAGGAGUUCUUUGAGCUGACGCGCGCCGAGCUGGACGAGAUCGUCUCCAACGACUGCCUGAAGGUGGUGACGGAGGAGACGGUCUUCUACGCGCUCGAGUCCUGGAUCAAGUACGACGUGACGGAGCGGCAGCAGCACCUGGCGCAGCUGCUGCACUGUGUGCGCCUGCCACUGCUCAGCGUCAAGUUCCUCACGCGCCUCUACGAGGCCAACCACCUGAUCCGUGAUGACCACGCCUGCAAGCACCUCCUCAACGAGGCACUCAAGUACCACUUCAUGCCUGAGCACCGGCUCUCCUACCAGACAGUGCUGUCCACGCGGCCACGCUGUGCUCCCAAGGUGCUGCUCGCCGUCGGGGGCAAGGCCGGCCUCUUUGCCACCCUGGAAAGCAUGGAGAUGUACUUCCCCCAGACAGACUCAUGGAUCGGGCUGGCCCCCCUCAGCGUGCCCCGGUAUGAGUUCGGUGUGGCGGUGCUGGACCAGAAAGUGUACGUGGUGGGCGGCAUUGCCACGCACAUGCGGCAGGGCAUCAGCUACCGGCGGCAUGAGAGCACGGUCGAGAGCUGGGACCCUGAGAGCAACACGUGGUCCACGGUGGAGCGCAUGGCUGAGUGCCGCAGCACGCUGGGCGUGGUGGUGCUGGCGGGAGAGCUCUAUGCCCUGGGCGGCUACGACGGCCAGUACUACUUGCAGUCCGUGGAGAAAUACGUGCCCAAGGUGAAGGAAUGGCAGCCCGUGGCGCCCAUGACCAAGUCCCGCAGCUGCUUCGCCACUGCUGUGCUGGAUGGCAUGGUGUACGCCAUUGGGGGCUACGGCCCCGCCCACAUGAACAGUGUGGAGAGGUACGACCCCAGCAAGGACUCCUGGGAAAUGGUGGCCCCCAUGGCAGACAAGAGGAUAAACUUUGGGGUUGGGGUCAUGCUGGGGUUCAUAUUUGUGGUGGGAGGACACAAUGGGGUCUCGCACCUGUCCAGUAUCGAGAGAUAUGACCCGCACCAGAAUCAGUGGACGGCGUGUCGGCCAAUGAAUGAACCCCGGACAGGGGUGGGUUCUGCCAUUGUGGACAACUACCUCUAUGUGGUUGGAGGUCACUCGGGGUCGUCCUACCUCAACACCGUCCAGAGGACCCUUUUUUCCUGACAUGGGGACCACGGAGAUGGUCAGUGGGACCUGGGGGGGUGGCGUCGAAAGAGAGGAUACCAAUUGGAAGACACCUUCGAACAGGGAGGAGUCUGCCGUUGCUGGACCGAGAUGAGGACUCUGAUUGGCUGAGCCAUUCAACUGAGAAUUUUGAGGGAGCUCUGUCUCUUUGGUUCAGUUUGGGAACUCUUGUGAGGUUUUUUGUUUGUUUUUUUUUUUUUUGUUACUUUUUAUUUUAUAUCAUUAGCAUUACUGUUUGGGCUGGGACAGGGGCCACCCCCUACCGAGACGCCAUGUGAACUGAACAGGUGAGGGGAAGCCGGCCACUGUCAGUCUGCCCACAUUAUUUUUUGUGUCACAAUGACAUUUCUUGUUUGUUUCUUUUCUAUUACCCAUACGUUGACUUUUAUUCUUUUUUUACGUUUUCCUGCUAUGAAGAUGAAAGAGUGUUCCCGGCUUUUUUUGGUUAAUCCUAAAUGUGUGUGUAUGUUUGUGCAUGUAGGACUAAAUAAGAAUGCGCGUGCGUGUGCCCGCGU